GCGCUUGCUGGUGCUGCUGCUGGAGGCGGCGGUGGCGGAGGAGGAGGAGGAGGAGGAAGAGGCGGCGGCGGCGGCGCAGGAGGAGGCGGCAGGGGCGGGCGGCCCGCACCAGCCAUGCCGAAUAAAAACAAGAAGGAGAAAGAACCAGCAAAAUCGGGGAAAAGUGGAAAAAGUACAAAAGAAGGACAAGAUGCUGUAGAACAGGAGAUUUCCAUCAAGAAAAACAGCAUUAUUCCUUCCCAAACUACAUUGUCUAAAAUGAAACUACCUACUCCACAACCUAUAGUGAAAAAAGAAAAACGCCUAAGUACUUCAAGGUUUAAUGUUAGCAAUAACAGGGAACUACAAAAACUACCAGCUUUAAAAGAUGUACCUCCUGCUGAUCAAGAGAAGCUUUUUAUCCAGAAGUUGCGUCAAUGUUGUGUCCUCUUUGAUUUUGUUUCUGAUCCACUAAGUGAUCUAAAGUGGAAGGAAGUAAAACGAGCUGCUUUAAGUGAAAUGGUAGAAUAUAUCACACACAAUCGAAAUGUGAUCACAGAGCCCAUUUACCCCGAAGUAGUACAUAUGUUUGCAGUUAAUAUGUUUCGAACAUUACCACCAUCAUCCAAUCCUACGGGAGCAGAAUUUGAUCCAGAGGAAGAUGAACCAACACUAGAAGCAGCCUGGCCUCAUUUACAGCUUGUUUAUGAAUUUUUCUUAAGAUUUUUAGAAUCUCCAGAUUUCCAACCUAAUAUAGCAAAGAAAUAUAUUGAUCAGAAGUUUGUAUUGCAGCUUUUAGAGCUCUUUGACAGUGAAGAUCCUCGGGAAAGAGAUUUUCUUAAAACUACUCUUCACAGAAUCUAUGGAAAAUUCUUAGGCUUAAGAGCUUACAUCAGGAAGCAGAUUAAUAAUAUAUUUUAUAGGUUUAUUUAUGAAACAGAGCAUCACAAUGGCAUAGCAGAAUUACUGGAAAUAUUGGGAAGCAUAAUAAAUGGAUUUGCCUUACCAUUAAAAGAAGAGCACAAGAUUUUCUUAUUGAAGGUGUUAUUACCUUUGCACAAAGUGAAAUCACUGAGUGUCUACCAUCCUCAGCUGGCAUACUGUGUAGUUCAAUUUUUAGAAAAGGACAGCACACUUACUGAACCAGUGGUGAUGGCACUUCUUAAAUACUGGCCAAAGACGCAUAGCCCAAAAGAAGUCAUGUUCUUAAAUGAAUUAGAGGAAAUUUUAGAUGUUAUUGAACCAUCUGAAUUUGUAAAGGUCAUGGAACCUCUUUUCAGACAACUAGCCAAAUGUGUUUCCAGCCCACAUUUCCAGGUGGCAGAGCGGGCACUGUAUUACUGGAAUAAUGAAUAUAUUAUGAGUUUAAUCAGUGACAAUGCAGCAAAGAUUCUGCCCAUCAUGUUUCCAUCUUUGUACCGUAAUUCAAAGACCCAUUGGAAUAAAACAAUACAUGGCUUGAUAUAUAAUGCAUUGAAACUCUUCAUGGAGAUGAACCAAAAACUGUUUGAUGACUGCACGCAACAAUUUAAAGCAGAGAAAAUGAAAGAGAAACUUAAACUGAAGGAACGAGAAGAAGCAUGGGUUAAAAUAGAAAAUCUAGCCAAAUCAAAUCCCCAGUACACAGUGUAUAGUGAAGCCAGUUCCCUGAAUCUUCCAGUUGCAAUGGAAACAGAUGGGCCUUUAUAUGAAGAUUUACAGAUGCUGAGAAAGACAGUCAAUGAAGAGUCACGUCAGGCACAGAAAGAUCAGAAAAAGGAUCGUCCUCUUGUGCGACGCAAGUCAGAACUGCCUCAGGAUAUCUAUACCAUGAAAGCCUUGGAAUCCCAUUGCAGAGCUGAUGAGAUAAUAUCACAUGAUGGGCAUUAGCUUAUUACCAUGGAAUAUAUGGGGAGGAGGCAUAAUUAUUUUUGACUUAAUAGAAAAUACAUACAUCUUGUGCCAUACAAAUCAGUUGUACUCAAAGUCAAAAGCUUUCUUCAACCCAGUUCUGUAGGCAAUAAUUUAAUUCAGCAUACAGCUCAAGAUCAGUAGUUCAAACAAUGGUAAAUUAUCGGGCUCCAUUUUCAGAACCAUGGGUUGAUAAGUAUUAAAUGACCACAUUAUUCAGGUGGUGGUGCCGCCAUAACCCCAGCAUAUUCUAAAUUAUGAGUAUUUUAGUUAAACAUUAGAGCCAAAUAGAAAAGCACCCUGAUCAUAAUCAACUUCAUAUUCCAACAGAAUUUGUAAACAUUAAAAAUAGCUGGUACUAUGAUAAUGUCAAAUGUUUCAGAAUUGAAAGUACCUUUAAAGUAUUACACAUUUUAAGACUUUACAACCUUGAAAUUAUUUCCACAUUGUUCUAUACCAGCAGUUUUUAAAGUACAUGAAAAUGAUUCUUUCAUAUUUUAACAGAACUUACAAAAAGUUGACUUAUGACAAUCCUUCAGUCACUGUUGUUUUUCUAUGUUAUUUCUUUACUUUGGAUAGAGACAUGUGUAUCGUGUCUUAGUAGUUUUACAUAUAUCUAAAGCCAUAUCUUCGGAUCUUUAAUACAACACCAGUAUUCCAGGAGUAAAAAGGUAGAAGAAAUUUGUUUUCCUAAGAGCUUUUUCUGUCUACCUUAACUGGAAUUGGAUUAAAUUUUUUAAAGUGUUUCAUUUUCCAAAUUUUACUUUGCUUUUAAAUGAACAUUGUUGCCCCUUAUCAAGGCUCUUGAACCUUAAUAAAAUAUUUGGGCUCUAAGAGUUCAGAAUUUUGUAGAAAAGUUAGAAUAAAGUCAUUUUAAAUUGAAUCAUUCUCGGCUAGCCCAAUCUGCUGCCUUCCAGCAAAAAUAAACAUCAGUUAUAUAAUGUGCCAGGUGUUAAAAUGACAUUGUUCUAUGUCUUUAAAUAAGCAUUGGUCUCAGAGCUUAUAGGAAGCAACAGUGAUGAUAAUUUUACAUAAAUGUAUAUUUUUUUUCUGUUGAAAAGAGCACACAUGUUACAAAUACACCUCACAAGUAAAAUGAAAAUGCAUCUGUUUCCAUUGAACUUCAAAUGCUGCUAUAUAUUCCACAAACUUACUUGCAUGUAAUGUACUUUUUGUUUUAAAUGGAACAGCACGAGGGAGGGGAGGGAGGGAACUCUAACUUAGUGCUUUGUCUAUUUUUUAUUUUCUCUCAGGGUGGCCAGUAUUUUGACUUAUUUAUCCUGCUUGAAAGCUGUUUGAGAUGUGUUCUGCUAUUCUAAAUGGGUGGUAUUAGUUUCUUUUGUCUCUGACAGUAAGAUGAUAUAACUUGCAAUGUUAAAUGUCAAUGCAUAAGAAGAUAAUGUGGCUUCUUUAAAAAAAUUUUUUUGUUCAACAAUAAAAUGAGGUCUCCUGCAUCCAUAAAAGACAUUGUGAAAAGCAGACAUAUAAAUAACUUGUGCAGAUGUAGUGCCUGCUAUCUGUCAGUUUCAUUUAAAAUCCAUUUCCACUGUUUUAUUUCUUUUUGUUUCGGAGGAAAAUCAUUUGGGGGGAGGGGAUUUAUUGUAAUGAGAGAGAACUAAUUAAAAGAUUACCCCUGCUUUAAAGUGGAAAAGUCCACUUUGUAAGAACAAAUAUUUCCUGUGAAACUUGAAAUGUAUCUGCUUUACCAUUAUGAAAAUCUAUAAUUUAAAAAAAAGUUUAGAUGCCUUCUCCUUUUGAGGGAAAAAGGGUGCUUUUUUAUUGUAUAAAGCAGUGUCUUAUGUAUUUUGAUAUACCAUUGUUUGAACUUCCAUCUUUAGCUGGUAGAUUAUCAAUAGAUUUGAUUUGGGGUGUUCACUAUGUUUGUGCAAAAGAUUUCUGGAAAGAGGUAAUCUCCUUUUUUGCUCUAGAGGAAAAAAGCAUAUAUAUCAAUGUUUGGUUGAUUAUGUAAAAGCUCAGCUUUUAAAGAACAUCUCUGUUUUAUUUCUGCUCUUUAUUGAAGUUAAACAUUCACCAAAAAAAGACAAAUCUGAUGAUGGUUUUUGGGAGAAACUAAUUUCUGCGUAGGCAAAAGUAUGACCUGAUACAGUACUUUGGCCCAUUCAAGUUUUCAUAGUCAAUACUAAAAUUCACUUAUGCUAACUGUUCAACUUAUUGUCCAGGUAUAUCGUGUAAUUUAUACUGAGCUAAUUUUAAGACUACUCCAUCGUAAGCUAGAAUUUUGGUGACUGUUUUUCUUCAGGAAGUUCUGUGUUUAACAUCUUUAUAUUUUCCAGAACAUACCUGUGCAUCAGGAAUGUCAACAAUAUUACAAGUGUCUUUUUAGUGUGGCUUUAGUAUGGCUUCAUUUUAAUAUUGUACAUACAUUGUACUUUGUUUAUGAUAAUAAGUAAUAAAAAUGUAGACUUCAUAUUUUGUACAAAAUGUCCUAUGUACAGAAUAAAAAACGUUCAUAGAAACAGCAAACAUAGGUAAGUGGCACAAUUAUUUUUCAUUAGACAAUAUCUGUAACUUUAUGCUUUAGUGAAAUGUUAAGUUCAAGUGUACCUACAUAUUUUUUAACUUUUUGUAUUUCAAGACUUUUUGUUCUGACAUUGUUUAUGAAGAGAAACUUCAUACACUUGCCAUUUAAUAUGCUCUUUUAUCUAAUUUUAAAAUUCUAAAAAUGGUGUAUUAUAUGGUCUAAAUAAAGAACAUGUGAGUUUUA